CCGGAAGUUCAAUUUUCGAAAGUAAAAUUUUUAACAUUUUGUAAACUUUCAUUGAUUUCAGUGAAAUGAGUGGGGAAAACACCCACGUGUUAUUAUCUGUAGAAGCGGAGGGAUAUGUUCAAGCUUUAGAAGUAAUAGACUUGAAGGAAGUUGGUAGUCCGAGGUGGAGUAGACAACAUGAGUAUAUUGAGAAACUGAACAUGCAAGCAGUUGUUAGUGCCUCUGCCCAGGAGGAAGAGUUUGUCAAGGAAUAUUUGAUUAGCUUCCAGAAGAUUACAGUUCUCAUCUAUGAGUUACUGGUGAUUGAGGCUUGGAAGCAGAACAUCUUUACACAGAUGAUUCAAACAAAGUUUGAGCCCAAGACAACAUUUCCUGUUUACAUGGCAUUGUACCAUGAAGCCACUGUUGCUAACCUUCUAGAGACCAUGCUUUACCAUAGUGAAUGCUGCGAAUCAGCAGAAGACAAUCUCCUUGAUGUUACAGACUACUGCUUCAGAAAACUCACCCAUCUCAUUGCAGAGCAGGAGGAAAAAGAAGAUGAAGAAGAAGAUGGUGAGAAACAAUCUGACUCCAAUAUGACAAAUAUGAUGGAGCUCCAGAAGCAGAAACGAGACAUGGAAUUUGACAUCUGCAUCAAAGCGGUGUCCAUAUUACGAUACAUCACUGAUCACAUGUCAAGUUUGUCGUUGAGUAUUAUGAGUCGAUUGUUGAACACCCAUGAUGCACCUGUCCUCCUUGUAAGCUUAAUCGAUAAUCCCCCAUGGACCAGACGCAAACAAGAUGGUGAGAUAGAAAAGUACAUAGAUAACAAAUGGGUGACAGUAACAUAUGAAGACAGUCUAAAACUAACAAAGACAGAAGGCCAGGUUUGGAUUGCUCUGUUCCACUUGUUGAUGGAAGAAGAGUGCCAAAGGAAAUACGAACUGACAUCAUUCAGGAAAAAUAUCAUCAUGAAACUGAGAAGUCACCUGACUGAGGUGCUAGUAGAUCAGAUGCCAGUGUUAGGUGGUAUGCUGAGAUACCUUGAACAUCUCUCUAUGAUGGACCCACCACCCGUCAAGAAAAAUCUUGUCUUAGAACAGGUACCACAAAUAAGGGAUUCUAUUUUGAAAGAAUGUGAAGGAAAAUGGAAAUCCAUUACAAAGCAACAAUGUAAAACCUUCUUUAACCCUCCACAAUCAGUCGUAAGGGAACAAGCCAAAAGGUGGGCUGACACAUAUAACUUUGAUAUGCUUGGAGACCUCAUAGCUGAACCCCCUAAGUGUGCUGUCUGUGGAGACCCUGCCACAAAACGCUGCUCAAGGUGCCAGAAUGAAUGGUACUGCAGGAGGGAAUGUCAAGUAUCACACUGGGGGAAACACAAAGCUGCAUGUAACUUGAUGGUGGACUCUAUGCAGAAGAUAAAAGAUGGAACUUGAUAGAAUAUACAGACACCUUAAAGUUGGUCACAUAUUAAACAAAGUGCUCCAUCAUUGAACACCUAAAUGAAGUUGCUUUUGUAACAAGGGAGAAUGCAUGGAAGGCAUUCCAGAGGGAACUUGACAGAAAUGUUUCCUAUUAGAUUUUUGAUGUUUGAAACAGUUCCAGUUGUUUUGCACAGGGUCGUUGCCCCCACUGCUAUUUUUUAUAUUGCCCGAUAUAUAACGCUAAUUCUUUGUCAGAGAGGAUGGGGUUAGGUUGAGCGAACAACUUAAGGGGUCACUAGGCAUCUGAUGCAAGACAAGUUCGAGAACUGGAUCCUGAAACAUUCCAAUUGACAUUUUAUGUUUUAUUCCGUCCAUUUAAUGAUUGAUUGAUACAUGACUAAAAACAUGUUCAUGAUAUCUACUGUAUGUGUAUGUAUUAAUAUGUGUUUUGUAUGAAAAUAUAUUUAUUAUGACAUUGACUUUUAUCUUGUUAAAUGCUCAUUAAAAUCUAUUU